AUGAUCCGGCAGAACGAGAACAUCAGCCCCAAGGUCUUCAACUUGCUCGCCCGCCAACUCACGGCUCUGCAGCAAGAGAAGUUGGAAGGCGUUCACUUUGUUCCCAACCACGAGGACCCUUUGGAUGUGCAGGCCAUUGUCGAAGGGCCGACCCAGACACCGUACGAGGGUGGCUCCUAUCGCGUGAAGAUCGUCAUCGGCGCGGAGUUUCCGGUGCAGCCCCCCCGCGCGGUCUUCUUGACGAAGAUCUUCCAUCCCAACAUCUCACUGAACGGUGAUGUGUGCGUGAACACGCUCAAAAGGGACUGGGAUCCUCAAAACUGGUCUUUGGCACAUGUUCUUCAGGUGAUCCGCUGUUUGCUCAUCGUGCCCUUUCCAGAGUCAGCACUCAAUGAAGAGGCGGGCCGUUUGUUCAUGGAGAGCUACAACGAGUACUACACCCACGCAGCCAUGAUGAAUCGUGUUCAUGCUGCGCUCUUGCCGACAGAGCCCAAGACAGCCGAGAGCACAGAGGACCUGGAACAGGCCAAGAAGAAGGCGCUGAAACAGGAAGACGGGGCAAGGUCAGUUGUAGUUCGUCGCUUUGGCCGCACCCUCCGCAGCAGUUCACGGCCCGACCGCGAAUCGCGGCGCGACACCGGCGCCGCGGCCGAGCGGCCGAUGAGGCCCACACGCUUGAUGGAUGUGAGGAGCAAACCCAGCAACGACUUCACCAGCUUUUUGCUGCGGUGCUACGACUCCCGCAGCUGCGGUGGUGUGUGCUUGCGCACGGUGGUCUUGCUGGGGAGCAUUGGGUCGGUGAUCUACACCAUCUCCGUGCUCACGUACAGUGCUCACAACGUGCACGUGCGCUUCUGGCUGGGGGACCUCAUCAUCGUAUGUCUCUCUAUCUAUUUGGCGGCCUUGCUGCCGGCUUUCUUCAUGCUGAUGUACAAAAUUUGUGUCAAUGCUCAGCGGCGGGUGAUCUUGAAGGAUCCUCGCGCGCGGGGCCAUGAGGAUCCCUCAAGAUGUUCGCUGAAGACGCUGCGCUUCAUCUUCAUGGUGAUGACCUUGUUGGCCUCCUUGGCAGCGGUCCUGGGAUACAUUGUGGUCUCAAACGGCAUGGAUGUGUCAAGCUCCCUGCUGCUGCAGUGCGGCAAGAGCGGGAAUAGCGAAGCUCUCGCGUCCAAGGAUCUCGCACUGGGCGAGUUCCAGUCGGCCCAGAGGUGCACUCGGUCGCUGGACGCCUGUCACGGCUUCGCAGAGGCCUUCCCACCACCUGCGCCCUAUGUCAGCUACCUCAAGGUGCUUGAGUAUGAGCUGGACUGUGCAGGGUGGUGCGGCGCGCACCAGCCCUUCUUCAACCUUCAAGCGGCUACCGGGCACGAAGAGGCCUGCGCCCUCCGCUUGGGUCGGCACCUUUGGACCGUGAGCACCGUGGCGGGAGCUCCCACCAUGGCGGGUGGCGCCCUUUUGGCCGCCUUGGGCUUCCUGUUCUACAACUUUGAGGCCCUCUGA